AUGAUGACCAGUCAGGGCUGCGCAAACACACAAGCCAAGCAGAGGAAGAACUAUGAGCACCUUUCUCUUCCUCAAAGUGACGCUCUGUCCUUAAGUCGUUGGUGUGGUUUUCUCCGGGGCAGCAACCGCAGGCCCGGGGGCGGCAGAGAGGGCCGGGCCGGGCCCGCCGCCCAAGCGAGACCCCACGGCUGGGGGCGUCAAACCCCCCAAACGCCGGCCCGGGAGGGGUGGGAGGCCCAUCCUCCUCUGCAAACUGAACAGCAUGGCACGAAGCGCCCAGAGCCGUCUUCUGCUAAAACCUUGCUUGAUAUAGGUACUCGGAGGAUCUUCUCAUCAGAUCAUGAUAUCUUCAGGGAGAGUGCCAGGAAGUUCUUUCAGGAAGAAGUGCUGCCUUUUCAUGCAGAAUGGGAGAAGGAUGGCCAGGUGAGCAGGGAGCUCUGGCAGAAGGCUGGACAACAGGGUUUGCUGGGUGUUGCUAUUGCUGAAAAACAUGGAGGCAUCGGAGCAGAUAUUCUCUCUUCAGCUGUGGUCUGGGAGGAGCAAAUGUAUGUUAACUGUACUGGCCCAGGAUUCAGCCUUCAUUCAGACAUAGUCAUGCCCUACAUUGCAAACUAUGGCUCUGAAGAACAGAUUAAACGCUUUAUCCCUGACAUGGUUGCAGGCAAGUGCAUUGGAGCUAUAGCCAUGACAGAACCUGGAGCUGGCAGUGACUUGCAGGGGGUACGAACACAUGCAAAAAAGGAUGGAAGUGACUGGAUUCUUAAUGGGAGUAAGGUAUUCAUCACUAAUGGCUGGAUGAGCGACGUAGUGAUCGUAGUUGCAGUUACUAACAAGGAGGCCCGAUCUCCUGCUCAUGGGAUCAGCCUUUUUCUGGUGGAAAAUGGAACAAAGGGUUUCAUCAAAGGACGCAAGCUGAACAAAAUUGGCCUGAAAGCUCAAGACACAGCAGAGCUGUUUUUCGAAGAUGUGCGCUUGCCUGCCAGUGCCUUGCUUGGAAAAGAGAACAAAGGCUUCUAUUACCUGAUGGCAGAGCUCCCUCAGGAAAGACUGCUGAUUGCUGAUAUGGCUCUUGCUGGUUGUGAAUUCAUGUUUGAAGAAACAAGGAAUUAUGUGAAGCAAAGAAAAGCAUUUGGGAAGACAGUUGCACACUUGCAGACAGUACAGCACAAGCUGGCAGAAAUGAAAACACAGAUUUGUGUGGGCCGAGCUUUCAUGGACAACUGUUUGCAGCUGCAUGCAGAGAAACGCCUGGACUCGGCCACGGCUUCCAUGGCCAAGUACUGGUGUUCUGAUCUCCAAAACAGCGUAGCUACUCAGUGUGUGCAACUGCAUGGAGGAUGGGGGUACAUGUGGGAGUAUCCAAUUGCAAAAGCUUUCGUUGAUGCCCGUGUUCAGCCCAUCUAUGGUGGUACCAAUGAAAUAAUGAAGGAGCUUAUUGCUAGAGACAUUGUCAGUGACAAGUAGGGCAGAUACUUACUACUUGGGAGAGUCUUUCAGAAUCUUUUGGUAUUAAUAUAUGGCAUAAAAUCAGACAU